AUGAGGGAGAACAACAAAUCUUUAAUAACAGAGUUCAUCCUGGUGGGAUUCACAGAUCAACAAAACCUGAAGACCCUCUUGUUCCUGGUGUUCUUUGCCAUCUAUUUGAUCACCAUGGUGGGGAAUCUCGGGCUGGUGGUCUUGAUCUACAUGGAACGCCGUCUUCACACACCCAUGUACAUCUUUUUGGGCAACCUGGCCCUCAUGGAUUCCUGCUGCUCCUGUGCCAUCACGCCCAAGAUGCUACAGAACUUCUUUUCUGUGGACAGAAAGAUGUCUCUUUAUGAAUGCAUGGCACAGUUCUAUUUUUUUAGUCUUGCUGAAACUGCAGAUUGCUUUUUUCUGGCAACAAUGGCCUAUGACCGCUAUGUGGCCAUAUGCAAUCCACUACAGUACCAUACUAUGAUGUCCAAGAAAAUAUGCCUUCAGAUGAUCACAGGAACCUACAUAGCAGGAAACCUUCAUUCAAUCAUUCAUGUAGGGUUGUUGUUUAGGUUAACUUUCUGUAAGUCUAAUGUGAUCAAUCAUUUUUAUUGUGAUGUCUUUCCAUUAUAUAGACUCUCAUGUGUUGACCCUUAUAUCAAUGAACUGGUGAUGCUCAUCUUGUCUAGUUCAAUUCAAACUUUUAGCAUUACUGUAGUCCUGAUAUCAUAUUUCUAUAUCCUUUUUACUUUAUUCACAAUGAAAUCUAAUGAGGGUAGAGGGAAAGCCUUAUCAACUUGUGCUUCCCACUUUCUGUCUGUAUCCAUAUUCUAUGGUUCUCUUCUCUACAUGUAUGCCCAUCCACAUUCCGUCAAUGAAGGAGAUAAUGAUAUACCUGUAGCUGUUUUCUAUACCCUAGUAAUUCCUUUAUUAAACCCUUUCAUUUACAGUCUGAGAAAUAAAGAAGUAAUAAAUGUGAUGAAAAGAACCAUGAAGAAGAGAUGA